AUGUACCUCCUGGUCGCCCUCGCCCGUAGCUAUGCCACAGCUAGCACGCGCUCCUCAAGACUUCCUCCAUCCAAGCCGCCUCUCUCUCUCGACCACUUCCUCCUACGCCAGCGUGUAAUAUCCCUCUACCGUAAGAUUGUCCGUGCAUGCCAUAAAAUUCCGCCUCCAACGAAGGAAGAGAUGAAAAGAUACGCAAGAGAAGAAUUUGAGCAGCAUAAAGCCGUGGAGGAUUUGAGGAAGAUACGGUAUUUGCUUAGUACUGGGAAGACGGAGUUUGAGCGAUUGGGAAAGCAGGUCAGCAAUAUGGGCUGA